GAUGCAAUCGACUAUGCAAUUUAUGAUACAAAAAAUGAUGAAUUUCAAAACAAAAUAAAAAAUUGUGGUUGGAAGUGUUUUUUCAACAAGCAUGUUCAUCUCUUGACAAGAAGAAAUAUAGUCCAAAGAAUCAAAGAUACUAUUCAUACUGAGUUUCCAGAUCUCAUAAAGCCUAAAAUAAAAAAUCGACAAGUCACAUGUAAAGAAGAACAAAAGUUCAAAGAUGCUAAAAUUAUAUGGGAAUGUUAUACAAAAUUAAAUAAACCCAUUGAUGCUAAUGACAAUCCACAAUACACUUAUCUUAAUCUGAUCAUUAAUCGUACUUUUGCGGAUCUAGACACAGAAAAAAAUUCUAUUGCAUUUGGAAUGGCUGUAGCCCUAAACUAUCUUGACCUCUCAAAGAGAAUUAAUAUGGUUUUAACUGAAGUCAUAGAUCGAAUAAACUACAUUCUUGAAAAGAUGCAGGUCUCGGAACUCGAAGAGUUGUGA